GAAUAAUCAAAGUAAAGUCUGUAGUAUUUCUCGCAGUGAAAUUCUUCUCAGGCCAUGUCGGCAAGCCAAGCAUAUAUAAACAAAAGUACGAGCAUCAAGCAUUAGAUUUAUAAUUCUGCCUUUCACACCUGCCUACACGUAUGUAGAUACAUACGAAGUAGAUACAUCCAUAUCCAUCAAAAUGCCGGACCGCGUUCAAACUAGUCGAGGCGACGUCACGGAAUCUACCCAUCUCGUCCACGCAGCAGUGGUUCACUCUUCUGGCCGUUUACUCUAUUCCGUGGGCACUCCCACACGAACAACGCUUCUCCGUUCUGCCGCCAAGCCCGCCCAAACCGUUGCCAUUCUGGAGGCUUGCAAUGAUACCUUUGCUUUCACUGCUGCCGAUCUUGCCCUCAUGAGCGCGUCUCACAGUUCCGAGCCUAGGCAUAUGCAGCGUGCUGCCGCUAUGUUGAAUGCAAUUGGUUCAAGCGAAUCUGACAUGAGGUGCGGCGGGCACCCUCCCCUCAGUAUGGCCGUGAACAGAGAUUGGAUCAAACGCGAUUUUACGCCUGGACCGAUAUGCAACAACUGCUCAGGGAAACAUGCGGGGAUGCUAGGUGGUGCCAAAGCGUUGGGUGCUGGAUUUGCUGACUACCAUCUUCAACAACAUCCAAUGCAAAUAGUCGUAAAGAGGGUGGUGGAGGACAUAUCGGGAGUGGAUGCAGGGAAUAUGGAGUGGGCGGUCGAUGGAUGCAAUCUUCCUGCACCAGCAAUGCCAUUGAUCGGAAUGGCGACAAUGUAUGCUCGUUUUGCGGACGCAACUGGGAAUGCGAGAAGCGGGCAAGAGCAGCGUAUGAAGCGUGUUUUCGAGGCUAUGUGCGCGCAUCCUGAGAUGGUCGGCGGUGAAAAGAGGUUCUGCACCGAAUUGAUGAGUACCUAUGGAAACUUACUGAUCGGGAAGCUGGGUGCUGAUGGGUGUUAUGGCGUAGGGAUUAGAGAAUCCGAAUGCACAAGGAGUCUAGGGCUACCUACUGGCGGAAUUGGUAUUGCGGUAAAGAUCGAGGAUGGAAAUAUUGAUAUCUUGUACGCUGCAGUCAUGGAAAUCCUGACACAGUUGAAGAUUGGCUCAGAGGAAACAAGGAAGAGUUUGCAGAACUGGCAUACCCCUUUGAUCCGAAAUACAGUAGGAAUCAUUACAGGAGUAACCUCUCACAUGUUUUCUGUAAGGAAAAUGUAGGGAAGAUCGCAGUCUCCUAACUGUAACAAUUCGUUACUAGUUCCCUUUAGAAGAAAUACUCAGAUAGAAUAGAC